CUCCCUCGCCCUCCAUCCCUGCUUCUGUAGCGGUCCCUGUCUCCCGGCAGAAGACGCAGCCAUGAAUCCGUUAUUCGGCCCCAACCUCUUUCUCCUACAGCAGGAGCAGCAGGGCCUGGCCGGGCCGCUGGGGGACCCUCUGGGAGGCGACCACUUCGCCGGGGGAGGGGACGUGUCCCCAGCGCCACUCGCCCCGCCCGGCCCGGCUGCCUACUCGCCGCCUGGCCCGGGCCCGGCGCCCCCGGCCGCCAUGGCUCUCCGCAACGACCUGGGCUCCAACAUCAACGUGCUCAAGACCCUGAACCUCCGGUUCCGCUGCUUCCUGGCCAAAGUGCACGAGCUGGAGCGCCGCAACCGGCUGCUGGAGAAGCAGCUGCAGCAGGCGCUGGAGGAGGGUAAGCAGGGCCGGCGGGGCCUGGCUCGCCGCGACCAGGCCGUGCAGACCGGCUUCGUCAGCCCCAUCCGGCCCCUGGGGCUGCCCCUGAGCGCCCGGCCCGCCGCCGUCUGCACCCCUUCGGCGCGGGUGCUGGGGUCGCCCGCGCGCUCGCCAGCCAGCCCCCUCGUGCCCUCCGCGGCCUGCCACUCGUCGCCCUCCACUUCUACCUCCACCUCCUACUCCUCGUCUGCCCGCUUCAUGCCCGGCACCAUCUGGUCCUUCUCUCACGCCCGCCGGCUGGGGCCGGGACUGGAGCCCACGCUGGUGCAAGGGCCUGGCCUGUCGUGGGUGCAUCCCGACGGGGUGGGCGUCCAGAUCGACACCAUCACCCCCGAGAUCCGCGCGCUCUACAACGUCCUGGCUAAAGUGAAGCGCGAGCGGGACGAGUACAAGCGGAGGUGGGAAGAGGAGUACACUGUACGGGUACAGCUGCAGGAGCGAGUGAACGAGCUCCAGGAGGAAGCCCAGGAGGCUGAUGCCUGUCAGGAGGAGCUGGCCAUGAAGGUGGAGCAGCUGAAGGCUGAGCUCGUGGUCUUCAAGGGGCUCAUGAGCAACAACCUGUCUGAGCUGGACACGAAGAUCCAAGAAAAGGCCAUGAAGGUGGAUAUGGACAUCUGUCGCCGCAUCGACAUCACCGCCAAACUGUGUGACGUGGCUCAGCAACGCAACUGCGAGGAUAUGAUCAAGAUGUUCCAGUCUCUGCACUUGUCUCCCAUUAAGGUCCCAUCCAUGGGGGGGCGGAAGCGGGAGCGCAAGGCUGCCAUCGAGGAGGACACCUCCCUGUCGGAGAGUGACGGGCCCCGCCAGCCCGAUGGGGAUGAGGAGGAGAGCACAGCCCUCAGCAUCAACGAGGAGAUGCAGCGCAUGCUCAGCCAGCUGAGGGAGUAUGAUUUUGAGGACGACUGUGACAGCCUGACUUGGGAGGAGACUGAGGAGACCCUGCUGCUUUGGGAGGAUUUCUCAGGUUAUGCCAUGGCAGCCGCAGAGGCACAGGGAGAGCAGCAGGAAGACAGUUUGGAGAAGGUGAUUAAAGAUACGGAGUCCCUGUUCAAAACCCGGGAGAAGGAAUAUCAGGAAACCAUUGACCAGAUAGAGCUGGAGCUGGCCACGGCCAAGAAUGACAUGAACCGGCACUUGCAUGAGUACAUGGAGAUGUGCAGCAUGAAGCGGGGACUGGACGUGCAGAUGGAGACCUGCCGCCGGCUCAUCACGCAGUCGGGAGACCGAAAGUCUCCUGCUUUCACUGCGGUCCCGCUUAGCGACCCGCCGCCGCCAAGCGAGGCUGAGGACUCCGAUCGUGAUGUCUCAUCUGAUAGCUCCAUGAGAUAGGGACCUACCUCCAGCUUGGAGCCCUAGGGCCCCACCCUGCUGGGAACUCACCGAGGGGAGGGGUGGGGGUUUCACAGAGGGGAAUAUUAUCCGUCCCACUGCACCAAGCCUUGCCCCUGGGGACUGGGGCACUCCUCCCUUGGGCUUCCUGCCUUUAGCCUUGGCCUCCAGGUUUCUAAGGUGUCUGGAGCAAGGUUUAGCUGGACCGUCCCAGGCAACAUCCCCCACAGCAGGGGCUCUCCUGCCUUCAUGUGUGGGUGUCUGCUACUUUCUCAUCUCUAAAAUGCUGCCAGUGAUCGUGGCCCCUUACUUUCUCCUCUGAGUAAGGAAUGUGAUUGUCAGAUCUUCCUUCCAGUUCUGUGGCCUCAAGCCCGUUUACGGUCUGAUUCUGUACUGGUGCUAACUGGCCCAGGCACUGGUAUGAGGUGGAUGAGGCUGGACAUUGCAUGGCUUGUGGAACCCAGGCUGUGUGUGGGAGAGGGCCUCGCUCCGCCCUGCAGGUGGAAGGACAGAAUGGGCAGGGCGCGCUCCCUCCUCCCUCCAAGUGCUCAGGGCCAUUUGCCUGUGGAUGGCAGUGCCCUGGCUGCGACCCUUUCCCCAGGACAGUGCUGCCUUCAGGGGUCUCAGUGCCCCCACCCUGAGCUGGGUGGCUUCUGGAGCUGACUGGUGCAGCAUCAUGGAGGGAGACAGAAGCCCAUGCUCGUUUCCCAGUCAGCACUGAGUGGCAGAGAAAAAAGUGAAGCUACAUGUGCGUGUGCACUCAGGGUCUCAGUCUCUUCCAGUAUCAGCUGAAGAUGUGCUGUCUCCCUCUUGGUCACACACUGAGAACAACAGGCUGAGAUGUCCCAGACUUGGAAAAGCUUGUUAGAAACUAGGUGUCAGCCUGACUGCCGAGCGGACAUUGGAAUGUAAUCUUUAAUAAUAAUCAAACUGGAGAGUAUUUAUUGAACACUU